GCCAGAGGUUAUACACUAGUAGGAAUAGCUAAAGAUGUCAUGGAAUACUGCUAAAAAAAGGUUCCAAGCCGAUUUGGAAAAAAUGUCCAAUCGUGCCAGGGGGAAAUACUUGAAUGAUUUGAAGAAAAUGCAAUUACCAACUUUUGAAACCGCUCUCCGUCCUAUACCCCAAAAUGAAAGAAGAACUGAUCUUAAAGAUAUUGGAUUUGCACCAGGAGAUUUUGCAUAUAUAACGGAAGGUCCACAUAAGGGUACUAUUUCAACUGUGCUUCAAUAUACUAGUGAAUUCGAUCAAGUUUACUUAUCUUCGGUAACUUCCAAAAAAAUUAUUCCAAAAGAAAAUUGGGUACCAAAUCAAUCUUCACAUCUUAUGGAUUAUCCAGAACCAAUUUCAGCCAAAGAUAUCAAAGUGGCCGCGAAGGAUAAAGACGAAAAGGGGAACGUUUAUUACGUUGUUGCCGAUGAUAUUGUUCAAAAAGAUAAAUAUUAUGAUUCAAGAUAUUAUAGAUGGUUACCAAAAAGAUUUAUCAAACAUCACGAUGCAAUUGAAAUUCCAUGGCCAAAUCCUCCUCAAGAACAAAAACCAGGGGCUUUAUCAACAAGCCCAGAAGUUGCCAAAGAAAAAACAUGGGAAUUACAAUCAAUUGUAAAAUCUCCUUUCCCUUCAAAAGUUUUGAAAGAAUUAAGAAAUCCUUAUAGUCAAUACAAAAAGAAGGCUCUUAGUGAUAUUCAAGCAAGAAAAUUAAAUGCCCCCGAAAUGCCAUUAUCAAAAGAACAAAAAAUCUAUUUAGCUAAAAAAGCUGCUGAACCUAAAAAACAAUUACAAAGAUUAUCUCCAGAAAUUCAAGAUUUUAUUGGUGAAAAAAUUGCCAAUCAUGUUAAUAAAAUUGAUAACCCAUACCUUUUGGCUCACUUGGAUGCAUUAUCCAAUGUUAAAAUUCCUGAUUUUGCUAAAACCAUGUCUAAAAUUGAAGAAUCAGAAAAACGUCAACAAAAUCAAUCAUAA